AUGGAAGGGCCACGCAGUACCAGAAAUGGCUUUUUGCGGAGAGAGCCUGGUGUGGACGAGCCGAGUUGCGCUCAGCCAAACGAAGAACUUGAGGUUCUCAGAACCAACUGCAUCCUUGUGGGCAGAGACCUGCUGGCUCCUCUGGUCGAAAGCACUUACACGCCAACGAGAUGUAUGCAUUGCAUGCCGGCAUCUGGAGCUCUGCUUCGACAGGUCCUGCGCACUGGCUUGCUGGAAUGCGAAGAGCUUUGUGAGCAGGACACAGGCUGCAGAGGCUUCGACUACGACACUAUUCGCGGCCUUUGCAGAACUUUCGGCAUUUGCCCGAGUUCCGCCAGAACCAAUCAAAAUGGAUGCCAGUGGACGAUCUACGAUCAGCCCAGCGAGGGCCUGUCCAAUUUGGCCCAUGUGCGAGAGCAGAAUACGAGCUUGACGGUCCUGCAAGCGGACGUGGAUGCCCUUGCAGUAGAUUCGUCAAGCCGCCUCACGCUCGCAGCCAGUCAGCAGCAGAAGCCAGCGAAGACAAGCACCAUGUACCGGUCACUUUCUGAUGACUUCAACGUCGUGCUCCGCUCUUUUUCCGUGGUUGCAGUUGCGGAGCUGUUCGACAAAACUUGGUUCGUUGCUUUGAUUUGUGCCAUGAAUUACGGCAAAAGCCGUGCUUUCAUUGGUGCGUAUGUGGCCUUAGUCGUGCACGUGCUGUUGGCAGCAGCACUGGGUGUGGCCAUUGCUCAGCUGUUCUCGGUCACAGUACUUUGCUUUACCACGGCCACCGUCUUUUUGCUUUUGGCUCUCGCCUAUCUCACUGAGUUUCUCCGAGCAGGGAGUGAUGAUGAUGUCAUUCAGGAGCGAACAGGCGAAGCCAAGGAGGCAUUGCAAGAUCAAGGUGGGAAAACAGAGCAGGCUUGGAAGGAUAUUGUUCUGCGGGUCUUCAUCGCAGUCUUCGUGGCUGAAUGGGGCGACAGGACGCAGGUGGCAAUGGUGACACUCCACUCUUCGGCGCCCUGGAUUCCAGUCUGCAUCGGCUCAAUGAUUGCAUUCCUUGUCCUGACCCUCUCUGCAGUCCUUUCCACAGAGUCAACGACAUCUCUGUUUGAGGUUAAUGCUUCGAGCACCACUCGGCGACCGCAACAAGCGGUUGCCAUUAGCGAUGCAGUGGAGCCCGUCUCGGACACCCUCAUCGCGGCUUUCGUGCUGCUGACUUCGUUGGUCGUGUGUCUUUGUGUCGAUGGGGGCGCUGCUGCAGUGGUCAAUGUCAGAGCUCCAAUCAUCGCAUCGACGACAGUGCAGAAGGCCAACGCAUCUGCCAGGAUACUUAUUCGUGAUGGCGACUCCGUUUCUGCGCUGGCUGAAGCUACCUGCCACCAUCUCCAGUCAGUUGGUGCAGGUGGCUGCCAGCAGGGGGAGUUGACAGACAUACAGGAGUCUUUGCGGACCUUGACUGAAGACUUCAGCAAGGUGAGUCCGGGAGAGCAGAUUCUGAAACAGCUCCAUCUAGGUUGGGACCUUCUGCUUACACACAGGGCCCCAGAAGAAGCUCGUCUUCAUUUUGUGACUGUUUUGUCACGAUUCCCCAAGAGCCGGUACCUGCUUCGAGAGCUCGCUGCCGCAUCAACGCUGGCAUUUGUGCUGCCUCGUGCUGGUGAUUCAAACGUUCUGCACUGGGGCCAUAAUGGCACAUGGGCGCACGCCUCACCGCCAAGUUCAACAGGCUUGGCUGAGGCCUUUGAUGGCUGGGAGGCAUAUUCCAUGAUUCGAUUUCACCCGCCCUUCAUGUUCUUGAGCGAGGAGGAGCCGGAGCUCCUUGCUGUCCACAUGCCAUCACACGGAUUCUUUCCGUGUGGAGAAAUUCGCCCAACUGACAGCAAUGUUGGUCUGUUGGGUCUUGUGUACGAGCACAGAUUGAGACAUGACAAGCUUCUAAUUGAAUUGCUACGAAGCAAAAAUCUGAUAUCAAAUGCAAUCGCUCAAGGUGCACUAGUGGCCUAUGAUCGUGUGCUCGGUGCAGCAGAACGUGUGGAGGGUGGGUUUCUCCGUCCGACUGACGAGCACUGGCACAGUCUGUAUCCGUUCCACAAUCGCCGACUCUACGUUCAUCCGAGCCCGCGCCUUGCGCUACCAGCAUUGACUCCAUAUCCAGAGCUUCAAAUUCGGCUAUUGCAUAGCCAAGCUCCACCCUCGAAGCGCUCAAGCCGAGCCGGUGGAUUUCUGGCAACCGGGGGUGUGCUAGUUGUUGACGACCUCCUGACACAGGAUGCCUUACUGCAGCUGCGGAGCUUUGCCGAGCUGUCGACCAUCUGGUACCAGGAGCGACCGCACUAUCUGGGUGCCGGGUUUAGCACGGGCUUUGCGUCGCCGCUGCUCUCGCAGAUCGCAGAAGAAUUGCGGGGCUUGCUUGCCGAUGUUCUGUGCGACCUGCCGCUGGCAAAUGUGUGGGCAUUUAAGUAUGAUGAUGAGUCUGAAACCGGAAUCGACCUGCAUGCAGAUGCUGCCGCAGUGAACGUAAAUCUGUGGAUUACGCCAGAUGAAGUUAAUCUCGACAAUUCCAGCGGCGGACUUGUAAUCUUCGAUGCCUCUGUGGAUGAGCACAGUUCGUCCUUUGAGUCGUUCAACCAGAUGGAUUCUGACAAAAACCGCCUCUUGUCGGACCUGCUUGGCGAGUCAGAGUAUGCAAACAUCACCGCGAACGCCGCCAAGAACACGAUCACGACGCUGCCUGGAGAGUCAGAGCGUGCAGCCGGCGAUGCGCUGACAGCAUUCGAUCGGCCUCAACAGUCACUUGUCAAUAAGUUUCCACUCAUAGUCUUUGCCAUGGGCUGUUUUGCAAGCAAAAAGCCGGACCCAGCAAAGAACGAUCAGGAAGAAAGAUUACCGGAAGAUGAUGAAGAGACGAACCAGCUCAUCGAAGCGAUCGCCCAAAGAAUCGUGGGCAUUCGCGCGAAAGCCGAGGACUACAGCGCGCAGCUGCAAGCCCAAGUCGCGGAAAUCGAAAACUCGAAGCUGGGCAUUCUGGAAGAGCAGCCCGUCAGAGUCAACGGCGUGGUCACGGUCGGCUACGAGCCAGAAAGCUCCACUCCAGAAGUCCCUUUGCUCGAAGCGAGAGAAGGGCAGGAGAUAGAAAUUUUGGUCCGUGAGAUGGGAGGCUGGGCGUACUGUCGCCGCAUUGGCGACAAGACGCCGGGCUGGUUGCCAGCGGAUCGAAUAGCGGAGUUGGCCCAGCUGAUCGCAGAUCAUGAAGUUGGUGAUGCAGAAGGACUGUUGAACCUCAAGCUUGGCGAUGUAGUGGAGAUAUACACAACAUGGCGGCACAUCAGAAAGCUUCCACGAAAAAUCGUCGGUGUAGCCAGCCUUAGCCUUUCCAUGUGCCGAUCUGGCCUGGGCCCAGCCAUGGCAGAGAAGAUUUCCAGCUCCAGCUCGAGCUCUUCCUCAGGUUCGAGCUCCGGCUCCAACACCAAAGCUUCAAUGCAGGCCAGAAUAGCUGAGAAGAUGGCCCAGCGAGACAAUGCAGAAAAUGCAUGGAUGGGUUGGAUAUGUCCAUGCGGAGGGAAGAAUUUGACAAUGAAGGCACGCUGUACAGUCUGUGGCGCUGUCAAGCCAUUGAGUGCCCACCAGAGGGGUGUUGGUCAAGCUGCUGCUGCUAUAGAGCGAGCUCGGCUGCCAAGCAGAAGCCGCAGCAAAAGCCUGUGCAGACCGAAGAGACGCAGCCACAGCCAUCAAAGACAUCGCGACCAAAGCCAUCACAGACAGCGCGGCCACAGAGAUCACAGACAUCGCGGCCGCGAUAAAUCAUCAAGCAGCAGUUCAUCUUCUGGUGGGCUUGUGGCACAAGAUAAGCCAGAAGAUGUGACGGAUGCAAAGCGCGAAGCUAUGCAGCACAUACAAGACAUCAAAGAGAUGACCGACGGGCAGGAGAAACAGAAGGCUUUUCGAAAGCUGCUGCGAGAAUGGCAUCCAGACAAGAAUCCGGAAAGGGUCAAGAUGGCGACGGAAGUCUUCCAAUUUCUGCAAAAAGUCGUCAGUCGGCAUUACAGCGGCUGGGCACAGUGCCGUUUGUGGACUGGCCCGCAGCUUCCUGGAUCAACCAACGACAGGCAGAUUGGUUGGCUAACCGAUGCCUACCUGCAAGACAACCGCUCGGAAGCCAUGCUUGCGUCCAAAUGGCAUCGGCUCGUUCUGCAAGCGUUGGAGGAGGUGGUGGCGUAUGCAGUGCAGCUGGAGACAUACCUCGCACAGGCCAAGCCAGAAGAUCGCAGUGCUGAUCCCGAGUGGAUGGAGAAGUGCAUGCAGUUCUGCUUGUAUCUCGGAACCGAGUUGCAGCAGAUUACCGAUGCCUUGUCGCAGCACGGUCUCUCACAAAACGCAGCGGGCAAGUAUGCCACUGCUAGCUGUGAGGUCGUUGGAAACAGUGAGCACGAGCUCAGCGUGGCUCAGGGCGCACGUGUCCUCGUCAUAGAUGCAGACAACGCGGACUGGAUCUGGUGCAGAGCCGAGGACGGGUUUUCUGAAGGUUGGGUGCCACGAUCUUUCUUAGAAAUGGAGCCUGGCAGCCCGGCAGAUGCCGUCACCAAGGACACGUUCACUGUUCAAGCAUAUUUGAGCUGA